CAAAUCGGCCUAGAAAAUCGCAACUUUUAAUUUUCCGUCUGUCUUAGUACACGAUGUAACUACAGAAGAGUCAAGUUUUAAAUAGGAAAAUAUUGAAACUAUUUGGUUAUUUUUUUAGUGGAUGCUAAUGGUCUUAAUCAGAUUCAAUGGAUUGUGCUAAGCUAUGCUAAAAGUAAUACCACCAGACCAGAGAGCAGCUGAAUGGAUUCCAAAACGGUAAAAAUCAAAUGUUUAACCCUAGGGGAAAUGGAAAAUGAGCAUAUUUUCAAAAAAAAAGUGGAGUGUCCCUUUAAGCUGGCGUUUCACCCUGUAAAGUGUGAAAACUUUCACUUAUGUAAAUUUCUCUUACAGAAGGGAAGUUACUUCACAGAGACUUCUUCUUUUAAUCUUUUAUACACUAGAUUCUAGUUCUCUCUAUUUAAUAUCCCUACUAGGGCUGCUGACACAAUCGCAUACGCUAAGCUACUUUAUAUGUAAUAAUCAUAUAGUAUAUUUAAUUAUAUAUUAUUUUAUAUUAUUGAGUACUAAUAACUAAGAACGUGAAUUACAAUGCUACAAGUUUUUCUGCUUCUCCUCCCUGGUGUUCUCUGUACUGAUUGGAAUGUGAUGCUCUCUUUAUCGAUCUGUGGAGUGCGAGGAUCCAAUGUCACUAUUCCUUGUAAUUUUACAUAUCCAACAAACCCACACUUACAAGUAACACAAGUGUUAUGGUGCGCUAAAAAAGACCAUGACAAGUGUGACAGAGAAGGGCCUUAUGUUUAUGAUAGUUCAAACACAAACAAUCGAAACAACUUUCAGUACACUGGUAAUAACAUUUCAGAUUGUUCUUUGUUGAUCAGUAAUAUUAAUUCAACGAGUUCUGGAGUGUAUUUAUUUAGAUUUAUAACCAGUUUGCCAGAUGGACGUUAUUCAACUAAAGAAGGAGCGGAUGUUACAGUCACAGAUUUAAAAGUGUCCAUGAUGAAGUUCGGAGACAAUGAAAACAUAACAGUUGGAGACUCUUUGAAUUUGACAUGCACUGUGUCCUGCCCUGGUCAUUUACCAGAGCUUCAAUGGUUGAAGGAUCAUCAGACAAUACCACAUACAGGCCCCAUCCUCACCUUCAAAAGUGUGACUCCUAAAGACUCUGGGAAUUACUCUUGUUCUUUGAAAAACUUUAAAUUAAGUGAAUCAGAACAAAUCGGACUGUAUGUUGAAGGAUCUGUCUUCCAAGAGACUUCCUGGUCCACAACAUAUUUUUGGGUUGGGAUUACUGGAGCGUGUUUGGUCUUGAUUAUUUUCAUUGUUUUAGCUGUGAUACUCAUAAAAAGGAAAGCAAAAACUCAAGAGACAACCACAUCAGAGGACGAGGGAAAAACAACUCAGAGAUCAGAUGAUGUACCGCAAGAGGAAGAAGUGCAAUAUGCAUCUGUCAGCAUCAAAACCAAAGAAAUGCUGGCGAACACCGAGCCAAAGAAUGAAGAUUCAACCAUCUAUAGUGGAGUAAGGGUUCGUGAAGUUAAAGGAGAAAUAUGAACAUUUCUCUUUAAUUCUUUAGGGGUUCAUGUAAAAACAUUGAAUGAAGCCAUUUGGAAGAGUGGCAAAACAUC